UCGGCAUGAACUAGUGAGCUAUAUUUAGAAAAGGAGGUAUGGCGACAGAGGUGCAGAGGAAAGCAGCAUCGGAAGUUGCUGAAAUUUCUAGACGUCUUCAAACAGCUAAGGAAAAUGGUGCUUUAGAUCUGUCUGGCUGUGGUCUGAUGAAGGUGCCUGAUGCCGUUUACAUGGUACUGAGGGGGACAACUAUACAGACAUGUAACUUAUCACAGAACCAGCUACAGAAAGUCCCACCAAAGUUGCCAGUUAACUUGAACCAGCUCCAAGAACUUAAUCUCAGUAAAAACUCGAUAUCUGAGUUACCAGAAAAAAUGGCAGGGAUGUCAGAGCUGAAGGUGUUGGACCUUUCUAUGAACCGCCUUAGUGUAGUACCACCAGUGGUUUACCAGUGUGGUAAUCUACUGGUACUGAAGAUGAGCAGGAAUGCAAUCUCUGAAAUUGACGUCGAUAAGCUAGUGAAGAUGCAAUCUCUACAGGAAGUUGAUCUCUGUGGUAACCCCUUGUCACCGGUAGGAAAGAACAGCCUGCUCGAGACAAGAUUCAACGUUCUUUUUGAUGACAUCGAGAGUGAAGAGAGUAUGAGUGUUGAUUAAAUAAUACUGCGCCCAUGUCGUAACGCGAUAAUGACGUUUAUGUAAUGUCUGCUUAUCAUUUUGUGAAAACAGAGUGUAAACGUGUAAGAGUCUGCACUUAUUGGUCUUGUUGAAUCACCAUUCCCUUAAUACUGACGUAGUUGAUAAUGCCCUUAUAUUUGGGUUUAAUGUAUAUUGGUUUAUUUUCGACGCACCAUUCCCGACUUAGUAGAUGAUACGCUUAUCUUUAGAUUUUAUCUUCGACGCAGUGUAAUUAUUCUGAUGCAUAAUGUAAUAUAGUACUUUAAAGAUAACUGAAACGAAACGAGUAUCGCAAGCCAAGAAAAAGGCAUAGAAAUUGACAUUUAGAAAUUGACCUUUAGAAAUUGACCUUCGUUACCUUUCAGUAUUUACAGCACUGUAAAGUGUAUGAUGUCGUAAUGUUUACAGAGGCUGCCACUACCUGCGAUAUGUGAAGUCGCGUAAUUCUGCUUAAUGGGUUUUCAUAAAUCACCUUUAAGGCACCAAACUUUAUUGUGGAUGAAAUAUUAUUUAGGAAUUGUAUAAAGUAUCUUUGAUUUAGAUGUUUUCUUUAAUUAUACUCUAAAGGUGCAGAUUUUCGCGGUGUGGCCAUGUUCGCAUUUUUUUCCGCGUGGAGUUAACUAACGAGAGAGCCUUCACACGCUUAUAUUUAUAAGGUAGAUAAAUAUAAUAUAUAAACUUAAGAGAUUUUAGGAAAGCGAAAAUUUCAGCUCGUCGAACAAGUACGCGAACAUACAGUAUAUGAAAAUAACUGUAUCUUUCCAUAUAUAAACCUACGAGUGCGUUUUUAUAUAUGUACAUAUAAAUUAGAACUCUUGAAAUCAUUGUAUUCCAACUCUUUUGCAUUGGAAUACCAUGUACAGCGACAAUUAUUCUCAAUAUAUUUGUAAAUAUGUCUGUUCAUACAUUUAUUAAUGUCGUAUUUCUUAACCAUGCCAUGCUUUAUUGUAGCUUUAACACGAUCGAAGUGCUUACGUUUGUAACCUUGCCAUGCUUUAUUGUAGCUUUAAGACGAUUGAAGUGCUUACGUUUGUAACCUUGCCAUGCUUUAUUGUAGCUUUAAGACGAUCGAAGUGCUUACGUUUGUAAUAUAAUUGUUAAGAUAUUGAUUUCUCCUUCCAUAAUUAUCAUUGUCAUAUCAUGUCAUGAACAAUAACUGAUUUUCAUGAAAUAUAUGUAUCAAUGUCA